CUUCUCACUUAUGUACCUCACUCUGUCUCUUUAACACUUACACACACACACAUACAGUAUACACCCUCGUUUAUUCUUUCAGCAUGGGCAACUUUGCAGCAAAUGAAGGACUUUCCAUCGUUGUUAUACUGGUAUGGCUUGGAAUCAACGCUUACCUCUUUGUCCAGUUCUACCAGGCAUUUCUGAUCGAUCGUUUCUUCUACAGCAGGGUCAUCCUCGGGCACGCUCUGCCCUGGGCGAGAGCUCCAGCUGCAUGUCUGAACUUUAACUGCAUGUUGAUCCUCUUGCCUGUCUGCCGCAACCUUCUGUCCUUCCUCCGAGGCUCCAUACAGUGUUGUAGCCGUACAGCUGCCCGUCAGCUUGACAGAAACAUCACUUUCCACAAAUUGGUGGGCUACAUGAUUGCCUUCCACACAGCGGUGCACACCAUCGCUCAUCUGUUUAAUUUUGAGCGCUUCGAGUCUGCACAGCGGGAAGACAACAACAACUCACUGCCCCACGUUCUGUCUCUGAUUGGAAACAAGAACAAUGAGUCUUACCUCAACCCCAUCCGGUCCAGUGAGACUAGCCAGACCAUUAUCAUGUUCACCACGAUCGCAGGACUAACAGGCGUCGUGAUCACCCUCGCCCUCAUCCUCAUCAUUACCUCCUCCAUGGAGGUCAUUCGCAGGUCCUAUUUUGAGGUGUUCUGGUUCACCCAUCACCUCUUUAUCAUCUUUUUCAUUGGACUCGUGCUCCAUGGGGUCGGUCGCAUUGUACGAGGUCAGACCCCUGACAGUGUAAAGCAUCAUAACCCUCUAAACUGUAGCGAGCGGUUUGAGAGAUGGGGCCUGGACCAUGACUGUCCUACACCGGUUUUUGCCGGAAAUAAACCAGGGACAUGGCAGUGGGUCCUCGGGCCAAUGAUCUUGUACGUGUUUGAGAUGCUUGUGCGAUUCUACCGCUCAAAACAGAAGGUGGUUAUCACCAAGGUAGUGAUGCAUCCAUCCAAGACCCUGGAACUGCAGUUGAAAAAGAAAGGCUUUAAAAUGGAGGUGGGUCAGUACAUCUUUAUGAAGUGUCCGUCCAUCUCGCACCUGGAGUGGCAUCCAUUCACCCUGACCUCCGCUCCCGAGGAAGACCACUUCAGCAUCCACAUCCGUAUUGUUGGAGACUGGACCGAUGCCCUGUACAAGGCAUGCGGCGGGGACAAGAGUGGAGUUCAGGAUGCCUGGGAACUUCCCAAGGUGGCAGUGGACGGCCCCUUUGGCACGGCGAGUGAGGACGUGUUUCGCUACGAGGUGGUCAUGCUGGUGGGUGCAGGCAUUGGUGUUACUCCCUUUGCAUCCAUCCUCAAGUCUGUGUGGUACAAAACUGUCCAGCAAAACACCAACGUGUUCACCAAAAAGAUCUAUUUUUAUUGGCUGUGUCCAGAGACACAAGCGUUUGAAUGGUUUGCAGACCUGCUGCAGUCCCUGGAGCGGCAGAUGAACGAGAAAAACAUGAUCGACUUCCUCAAUUACAACAUUUACCUCACUCGCUGGAAGGAGACAGAGGCUGCUCACUUCCGAGUUCACCAUGAAGCAGAAAAUGACCCCAUCACUGGCCUGAAGCAGAAAACUCUGUAUGGAAAACCCAACUGGGAAAAUGAGUUUAGCACUAUCGCUACCAGCCACCCAGGGUCUAAAGUCGGGGUAUUUCUCUGUGGACCAGGUCCUCUGGCGAAAGCGUUAGAAAAACAAUGCAUCAGCCAGUCAAAGGCCGGAGUCAAGUUCAUUUUCAACAAGGAAAACUUCUAAUCUUGGAUAAUCGAUAGUAGAUAGGUACAACUUACAAUAAACACGAGGGGAAAAAAAACAGUUUACUCAAAAUUUGAUGGGUAGCUACUGUACUGAAACAUUGAUAGGUUUCAUAGACGUGAUGAAAUAAAUCUAGGAUUUCGAUUUUGAAAUCUAUUCUCAAAACACCUCAGCAUCCUCAAUCUAAAGCAGUAGUUCAGUCUGAGGAACUAAUGAAACAUCAUGAGAUGAUGUGUGAAACAUGCCUGAGGUGUUUUUACUUUUUUUUUACUUUUUACAAUUUACUAACAUAAAACAUUUUUUUCAUUAAAAAUUGCCCAAAGCCCCAUUUGGAUCCAUUUAUCAUGACAUUUCCUGUUUAGUUCUCUUUAUAACAGCUCUAAACAUGCUUACCUUUUUUUCCCUCUCUGUUGAUUGGCCAGAAAACCAAAACCACAGCUUUUUGAGUUAAGAAGAAAUCUUAAUGAUCCUUCUAAAUAAUCGUCCUCACGGAAAAAUCACAGUUAAAAGUGUAAGUUGUUGCUUAUUUUAUUUCUUUUGUGUAAAAUGUGAGUUGAAAUGACACAAAGUUGGAGAGAUUUUUUUUAACAUUAUCCUGAAUUAAUAUAUUUCUGUAAAGCUGCUUUGUGACAAUGUCCGGUGUUAAAGGCUCUAUAGAAAUAGAAUAUAGAAUAGAGUAGAAUAGAAUAGAAUUGAGCUGAAAUUAUAGCUUGUGGUAGUCGCCUGCACUACAGUGUGAGAUAAAAUAGUAUAUUACAAAAAAAAAGAACUCCAAUAAAGGAUGAAUGAGUUAAUGGAUGAGGCAAAAGAUCGACUGUGAAAAGGUGUUAAUUGUGUUAAUUAGGAAGCUUUUGCUUACAGUAAGAGGAAUAGCUGUAAUGAUAGAAAUAGCUGAAAGAUUACUACUUUGCACUGAUGUACGUUAGCUAUGAAAUUGUAUGAACACAUUCAUCACAUUUUUAAGCCUUUUUUCUUUUCUUUCUUUCUCUUUCAUUUACUUCUUUACUUCAAAAGAUUUCAUUCCAACAUGAUGAAAUCACAUUGCGAAAUGAUUUUGUGUUGCAGAAGUGUUUUUAGAAAUAGCUGCUGUGUGUUUUAUUUCCUCUUUUCUUUGCCGUUGUGCUAAUUAGGAAAAGAUUCUGCAGUAAUGACAAUUGUGGACAAAUCACAAUAAAAAUUCAAACAAG